CAUCUGAAGCACGAUGACAUCUCCAAGCUUUGCUCUGUGUCUCACAUGUGUGUUCAUGGCCAACAUGGCUCAUAUGACAAUUUUAAAACAAUCAUCAUUGGCUUUUCAAUCAGUCGAUGUUGGAGCUAGUGUGACUUUGCUGUGCUCCUGCCAAGACAAUAAAGCAGUGAUGGUUUACUGGUAUAAGCAAGCUGUGGGACAGACACCAGUGCUGGUGUCUACUUUCUACAAGCAAAAUAAUAACGCCACCCUUUAUGAUGAAUUCAAGAACAAUCCACGGUUCUCACUGGAUACUGAAAACCGCAACUAUCGCUUGAAGAUUUCGGAUUUGCAAAUAUCAGACUCAGCUACUUACUACUGCGUUGGGAGCAAUUUAUAUGACUUUGAGUUUGAAUUUUGUGACGGCACAACUGUCAGUGUGAAGGGUUCAGGCUGGAACAUCCCAGCCUCCGUCCAUCUGUCAGCAUCUGAGAUCGUCCAGCCAGGAGGCUCUGUGACUCUGAACUGUACAGUACACACUGGGACCUGUGAUGGAGAACACAGUGUUUACUGGUUCAAACACUCUCAAGAAUCUCAUCCAGGACUCAUUUACACCCAUGGAGGCAGGAAUGAUCGGUGUGAGAGGAAAGGCAACACACAAACACACACCUGUGUCUACAACUUGCCAAUGAAGAGCCUGAAUCUUUCUCAUGCUGGGACCUACUACUGUGCUGUUGCUUCAUGUGGACACAUGCUGUUUGGAAACGGGACCAAUGGAGAUUUGAAAGAUAAGGUGGACUCUCUCGUCUUGGUGUACUUCUUGAGUGCAGCUUCGACAUUCACCACCGUCCUGGUUGUUAUACUGGCUUUCUCAGUGUACAAGAUGAACAAAAAGAACUGCCAGUGUACAGAAACCUCUACUCCAGAUACAGUGUUUCAUCAGGAUGCAGAGAACCUUCAUUACGCCGCUUUAAGGGCUCACAAGCCCAGCAGAUCAAGAAGACAGAGGAACAACACCGACAGCGAAUGUGUGUACUCCACUGUGAAGCCAUAGAGACGGAUAUGUCCUAGUUCUUUGUUGUACCGACGCAUUUUCUCAUUUGUUUUUUAUCCGGGUCAUUUUCAGUUGAACUUGAACUCUUACCACGAUCCCACCUAAUUCAAUAUAGUAAAGGCUUGCCGUGCAAUAAAGCUUUUGGACUGAAAGAACAUCAUGUCUUUUGUCAAAGGGUACCCUACAAGAGCUACAAGAUCCAAAGUUGCUGUAUUUGUUAUUUAAUAUAAGAAUUUUUGCAGAGCAGCGUCAGAGCUUCAGAUCAGUGUUUUUUGAUUGUUGUUGAAGAGUAAGAGAACCAUUUACAGAACGUAGUGUUACGGGUCCCAGGAUUGGUACCAAAGUAACAAAACAGAUGUCUGUAAAAUACAUACAAAGAUCAGCGGCAGUGAAGACACAUGUUAACUGUUCGUCAUCCAGAUUGCUUCUGGGGUACGGGGAAAUGUUCCCCCCCGGAAACAACCUGGGGCGCAGUCGUGACAUGUUCCACCUGUAUGCUGCUCACAUUUUCCACACAUGUUUGU